AUGGAGUCUUCCUCCAACCCCCCAACCACCAAUACCUCUUCUCCCGACGACACCCACCUGUGGAGCCCGGCGCAAGAGUCGGCGCUUCUCCGGGCCAUAGUCCGCUGGAAACCCGUGGGGAUGCAUAAGCAUUUCCGGAUGAUCGCCAUCCGCGAUCACCUCUUGUCCAGCGGCGCCAUCAACCCCGAGGACAGCCACACAUCAACGGCGGGGAUAUGGCGGAAAUUGGCGAGUCUGUAUGAUCUAGAAAAGCUGGAUGAGCGCGAAGACUCGAUCAUCUUUGACGGGUCCGGCGUGGGGGUCGCCAACGACGAGUCCGGAAGCGUCAGCAGUUCUAAGGGCACGGAGUACUGGCGCGAAUUCGAGUUGCCGGGGGACGAGUUCGAAGAGUUGAUGUGGCAGAGACGGCUUACUACCAAGUCAAGCACAGAGAGUAGUCCCCUCACGCAGCCGCCGAGCCCGGACGUCGUUGUUGCAGAGACGAGGCGGGAAAGCACGGUCGCAGACACGGAUGAGCCGCGGAGUUCGCCCGUGAGCGUCUCGGGGCGGAUGUCGGGGAGAGGGGCCAGAGGAACACGGGCUUCGGCCCGCACAGGCGGUGGCGGGAGGUUGACCAGAUUGCAAAUCGAGCUGGAGACGGAGAAGAGCGAGCGGAGCGGAAGUCGACGGACGAGCAAGGCGCCGAGCGUGAGCGUGGACGAGGAUCACGUCUUGGAGGAUGCAGACGAAGAAGCGGAAGCCGAAGAGGAGCAGGAGCACGAGGAGAGUGGGGCCGGCGAGGAAGACGAGAGCGAGGAACCGGAAGAAGAGGAGGCCGAGCAGAAGCAGAGCGGGCCGUCGAAACGAGGCCGACGGGCACCAUCCGGAGGACGCAGAGGAAGAGGAGGACGGAAACGGGGUCGAAGGUGA